GUGUCUAUUUAUUCAAUUGGUCCGAUAUAGAGGAAUGUCAAAAACUGUCUGUUUCUUUGCCACUUUGUGCUUGAGUCUGUUGCAGAUUUAUGUAUAUUUUCAAGUAUUUGGCAAUCCCUUUGAAGCGCCGACUGUUAUAGUGGAUAACGGUACGCUAGGAUCAAAACCUGAAAAUUGGAAUCCUAAUGAUGAAAAUAGCAAUGCAACCAUCAAACAUAUUGAAGUCAAGCAUAGCUAUUCUCUCACGGAUGUGCACAGCGGAAGUGUUAGAUACGAAAAUUUAAAUUUCUUGUCAGAAGAUUUUGAAGAAUUCUGGUUCUACGUAAAGUCACUUUUUGAAGAAACCAAAAGAUCACGAACAGAGAAAAACUCCCUCCAAGAAGGAUACGAAAUCCUGCAAAAUCAAAUUACGAAUAUGAUAAACAUCUCAAAAGGCAAUAGCAAUGAAGACAAAGAAAAUGGAAUCACAGCAUGGACUUACAAAUCAUUAUGGAAUUUAAAUUUGGAUUUGAAAAAUUACUGGCUACAAAUAAUAUCGAUUGUUCGGCGUAUGAAGAUAAGAAAAGACGCAGAAAGAUAUAUCAACGAAGGUUACAUGUCGUUAAAGCAAGAAGUUGACAAACUGAUGAACAUAUCAAGAAAACAAAGAGAUUUCAAAAUAAAACUUUUAAAAAGAUUUAUCAGACAAAAGAUAAAGAAACUUCAAAACCCUGAAGACUGUGCAAAAGCUAAAAUACUGAUUUGCAAUGUCACCAAUGUAUGUGGAUUCGGGUGCGAAACUCAUUCACUUACAAAUUGUUUGAUGCAAGCAUUCAGAUACGAAAGAACAUUGGUGUAUAAUUCAAAAGGUUGGAAGUAUGCAGAUGACGGGUGGGAAUACGCAUUCCAACCAUUGGGUAAAUGCAAUAUGAGCAAUGCAGUUACCGCAAUUGACCAAAUUGGAGAAUCGGAACAUAAACGGGUAAUCAAGAAGAGAGCGAUGCAUGCUCCAAACUGGUUGUUAUGGUCGGUUCCUGCUGAACUUUCUCAGAUUGUUUUGCCAGACCAUGGUCAACCUUUUGUUUGGUGGAUUUCACAAUUCAUCGCAUACGUUACCAGAUAUCAGCCUUGGCUUGCAAACAACAUUGAUGAAAUAUCCAACAAAAUAUUUUUCAAAAGUCCUAUUGCGGGGAUACAUGUCCGUCGUGGUGAUAAAGUGAAGAAAGAAGCAGUCCGACACGAAGUGGAGGAAUAUAUGUUUUUCGUGCAAAUAUGGUUUGAACAGUUACUACUGAAGAACAAAACUAUUGUUCCAACUGUGUAUUUAGCGACGGAAGAUGCAAGGGUGCUUCCCGAGCUUCGCAAUAAAUACCCUACAUAUAAGUUUAUUACUCAGAAAGUUUUGAAUGUAACAAGAAAACGAACGGACAGAUACGUCGAGGGUGGAUUGGAAGGAAUCAUAACGGAUAUACAUUUUCUAGCGAAGUGUGACUAUCUUGUCUGUACUCUGUCUUCUAGUGUAUGCCGAACAGCUUAUGAUAUAAUGACGUACAGAAACAUUGAUGCUUCCACCCAAUUUCAAUCAGUCGACACAUUGUACAGAUUUAAGAGAAAUUUCUUCGCUCCAUGGCGAGCUAUUCAUAGCCACACUCCAUAUAAUGAUGGCGAAAUGGAACUGCUAAAGGAGGAUGAAAUAAAAGUUUCCUUCGACCCACACCUUCCUUCGAACGAUGGAUUUUUAAGAGGAAUUAACAAAAGAACAGGAAAACAAGGAAAAUUUCCAGCUUAUAAAGCACGUGAACUUCUGACUCGAGUAAAUUAUCCAGUUUUCCAUGACGCCAAUGAUACUUCAUAUAAUCAUGGAGUGAUUGAAAACAUCGCAAUUGGUGUUCGGAGCAAACGUAAAAAGUUGAAUGAAAUUAAGUGAAUCUUUCAACUACUUAUAUAUUUGUAUGACUACGAAUGCUAAGAAGAUGUUUGUUUACAUUAACCUAUCACAUGUUUGGCGGAUCUGUCUGUCUAAGUUGAAAUUUUCUCUGACUAUGAUGUAAAGUAUUGAUUGGUGAUUGUUUUUAUAUAAAUUAUUAUGAUAUGGUACUCUAACACAGUUUCAUAUAUCAUAAUCUCAUUGCAAAUGAUUGUCUUUGGUCUCUUUAUUGAGUUGCCCUCAAUUACCGCCUUAAUGACCAUGAAGUGGAUCUAUCGUUAUACUAAAUUCUUUUUGUCGUUGUAUUUAUUGUUGCUCUUAGGAAAAAAAGUUUUUUAUUCUCAAGAAGUAACAGAGUAUUGCAUUUCAAAUUUUCCAUACACUUAAACAUGACUGAAGCCUCUUGUGGGAUAUUAGUUAUAUUUUUUUCAAAUUUUCUCGGAGUACAAUAUUACCCGAUAUUUCGCCGGAAAUUUUGCUUUUUUAUUUUAAUUUAUGAAAACACUUUUUUAUGAAAUAUAGGAACACUUUAUUACGUCAUGUUUAUCUCUCUCUGUCACACUUUUCGCCGAUCUUUGUAGAAACUUGAUGGUCACAAAACACUAUAAUGAAAGAAAGCAUUGGUGUAGUUACAAUAAUAAAUAUCUGUAAAAGUUA